AUGGUGAAACGGCCAAUUACGAAGAUUUCUGUUUUAGCAAUCGACAUUGAAGCACAUCCUGAAGCAGGCGAUUGCGAUCCAUUUUUUGAUUCACUGCAACCCAUUGCGCUUAAUUUCGACUUCUUAGCAGUACUUGGUGAUUUCAAUAAUGAUCUUCUCUCAAACUGUGGUAAUGUUUGCCGUUUAAAUGAUCUUAUUGCCAUGUCGGGCUCAAAUAUUGUCAAUAGGACCAUACCUACUAGAUAUGCCAAUAAUGUUAAGCCUAGUCUUCUGGACAUAAUUGCAGUUUCUGAUAUAAGCAAAUUGUUGUUGUUUGAACAGAUUUCAUUUGUUUCAGAUCAUGACCUACUAUUUAUUACGCUUGACUUCAAGAAAACUAAAAAAUCCAUCUCAACUAGAUUUUCUUUUUGGGAUUAUAAGUCAAUUGAUUCAGUGGGAUUAUUUUGUGAACUUAAUUCAACUGAAUGGAAUGAAUGUUGGUCUGGUAUUUCAGUUGAUCAAAAAUUAGAUGCAUUUAAUAAAAAAUUGCUUAGCCUUCGUCAUCGGUAUGUACCUUUUCGUACUAUUACCGUCAAUAAUGUUUCUUGCCCAUGGUUUAGUACUACAAUAAAACGUUUUAUUAAUUUAAGAAAUAGAAAAUAUGCAGUUUGGAAAAAGUACCCUACGGAAUAUAACUGGAUGAAGUUUAGAAUUGCUAGAAAUGUAGCUGCUAGAACUGUUUUUAAGGCUAAGUCAGAUUACUAUGAAUCUAAGCUUGGUGGUACUAAAUCUACUAAAACCCUUUGGAAUAAUAUUAAAAUGCUUGGGGUUACAAGAAAAAGUAAAAAUAUAUGCAAUAUGGACCCAAAUGCUCUAAAUAACUUCUUUGUUUCUUCUGUAGAGGAUAAUGGUAGCUCUUCUUCAGUAUUCUUUGAUAUGAAUAUUGUUGACGCUAAUGAAGGCUUUAGUUUUUACUGCGUCAGUGAAGAUAUUGUUUUUAAGAAUUUAAUGAAUAUUAAGUCUAAUGCUGUUGGGCUAGAUGAAAUUCCUCUUAAAUUCAUAAAGCUCAUUUUACCAUUUAUAAUAUCUCCAUUAACUCAUAUUAUAAACUAUUGCAUUACUACCUCUACAUUUCCAGUGGCAUGGAAACAAACUAAAGUUAUUCCAACUGAGAAAAAAGUUAAUGCUUCAUUAGUUUCUGACUAUCGACCUAUCAGUAUUCUUUCUUCUCUCUCCAAAGUGUGUGAGGCUAUAAUGUCUGAACAGAUUCGUAAUCAUCUAAACGUUUUUCAUCUGCUAUCUCCUUAUCAAUCUGGUUUCAGAAAAGGUCAUAGUUUUUUGUGCGAGUGCCAGAUUCACCAUCAUAUUGAAUCAUUGCAACCUGUUGAAGAUGCACAACAUAAAUUCUUGCAAAUAUACUUCAUGGGCAAUAUGAUGGAACAACUUGAACGGCGUCAAGAGAUCAACACUGCAAUGAAAAUAGCAAUUCUUCAAGAUCUGCAUCAACUACUUCAUGAACAUCAUGCAUUAGUCAGGCUGUUCAAGACUGCGUUGGAGUGCAUGCCACAUGAUAACUACAAAGUUGUGAUCAGAGCGGUUAAACGACCAGCAGAAACACAUGAAUGCAAAUUUAACGCUCCAACAAUAGAUGAAGUUGCAAUCCUGAUCGUUGGAGAAAACUUGACCACACGCGAUAUUGUGCUUACACGACCCGAUACUGGGCAACUGCAAUAA